GUGAUGAAUGUGAAUCUGUCUGAGGGCGACAAGGUGGUGUUUGAAGAUGUGGGCCACGAGGAGAGCACGAUGCUGGCUAACGAGUCGGUCCUGAUGAGGGGCUUGGUGCUACAAAGCCACAGCAAUCAGAUCUCUAUCCACUUCCACAGUCUGAGGGUUCAGCCUGGAUCGGUCCUGCUCAGAUACCAAGCCUUCGUGCUGAGCUGUGCCUUCCCCCAGCAGCCCCUCCAUGGUGACGUCUCGGUCAGCAGUCUCCACUCCGGAGGCGAGGCCUUCUUCUCCUGUCUGACUGGAUACAGGCUGCAGGGCUCAGGUGUGCUGACGUGCCGCAACGCUACCACCCCCUACUGGAGUGGCAAGGAACCACGUUGUGAGGCUGCUUGUGGGGGUUUCUUCAGGAACAUCACGGUUGGUCGAAUUGUCUCUCCGGGUUUUCCCACCAACUACAGCAAUAACCUGACCUGCCACUGGCUGCUGGAAGCCCCUGAGGGUCAGAAGCUGCACAUUCACUUUGAGAAGGUGGCUUUAGCUGAGGAUGAUGAUCG